GUCCAACUUGACCGGUCAUUGUGGAUAGAUCCUUCGAUUAUUUGUUUUUAUUGCAAUUAACAAUUUUCUCAUUUGAAAUCAACAUUUUUUAAUUUAAUUACACUGAAAAUUUCAAAACAAACAAACAAACAACAACAAUGGAACAACAAAGUACUGCAUUCGAAUCGACAGCUAAUUCGAUUGUUGUUGUUGGUGGUGGUGGUGAUGGUCGUAAACAACAAUCACAUCUUUUAAAUGAUGAUAAUGAUGAUGAUCAUAAUUCAAAUUCAUCAUUGAAUAAUGAUAAUGAUGAUGAUGAUGAUUAUUCACCAAAAUGUGAUUCGAUUAAUGGUUCCAAUGCUUCAAUAUCACCACCAAUACCACCACCAUCAACGUUUGAAACAAUCGAAAUCGAACAGCCAUCGAUAAAUCGACGAACAAGAUCGAUGAUGAAAACAAAAAAACAAUUGGAUGAUACAUCGAAUGGUCAUCCAGUUUUGAAUGAAGAAAAAAAUGGUGAACCACCACCAGCACCACAUGAUGAUGAUUAUGAUUCAUACGUAAUGGAUGAUAAUGAUGAUGACGAUGAUGAUGAUUAUGAACCUGAAGAAUCAAAAGAUUAUGAUGAUGUUGAUUAUGUGAUUGGUGGUGAUGUUGAUCGUACAGUACGUUCAUCUAAAUCAUCACAAAAUUCAUCCAUAACAACAACAACAUCGACAUCAUCAUCAACAUUGAAAAAUAAGAAACGAAAAUCAUCAUCAUCAUCAAAUGAUAAACGUAGUAGUAAAAAAUCAAAACCAAAAGCAACAAAUCAGGAAACGGUAGUGAAAUCUUCUUCUUCAGGAAAAAAAUCACAAAAAACAAAUUCAAAUGUAAAAAAUUGUAUAAAUCAAAAUAUCAAUCAGAAUUCUUCAUCAUCAUCAUCAUCAUCAGGAAUGUCAAAUAAUUUUCGUCAUCUAUUUCAACCAAAUGAACAUGAAUUCAAACAGAUAUUUCCACCCGAAUUAUUAACUCGGUUAUUUAAAAUGACUAUCGAAUCAAAUUCACCUGAAUCACCUAUUUUGACAUUAAUAAGAUUGUCACAAGUUUGUGAAUAUUGGCGACAAUUAAUCAUUACAAGUCCAGCAUUAUGGUCAACGAUUGAUUUAAGUUCAUUAUCGGAAUCACGUUUUCCAAUGGACCGGUUUCGACGUUUACAUCAGGAAAAUCGCCUAUUUCAAUCGGUACAACAUAUUGAUCUAUCCAAUUGGAAAGCCGAUAUGGCUAAAAAAAUGUUAGAAUUUUUAACAGAUUGUUCACAAUAUGAUCUCCAUUCAUUAAGCAUUCGUCGUUGUCGCAAUAUAACAGCACCAUUUCUUCAAUCUGUCAUUGCUCAUGCUGGUAAUCUUCGUUUAUUAAAUAUAUCCGGUAUCACUGCAUCACAACAACAUAACUGCCAGAAUCCAUUCCAAACUCCAUCGUUCAGACCAUUAAUUGAACGAUGCGGUGAAUCAUUACGUUCAUUGUUUAUGUCAGAAAAUAUGAUGACAUCGUUUCCUACCUGUUUCUACAUGGUUUUGGAAUCAUGUCCAAAUCUUGAAGUGUUAGAUAUAUCAAACGUACAUUCAUUGGGAUCUCGUUGUUCCACUAUUCCGAUCGAUAAAUUUCAACAAAGUUGCCCAAACAUGCGUGUAUUACGUGCAGCAAAUAUUGCAUUUCAACCGAUCGGUUUUGGAUGUACGACCGAUGGAUGGCCACGACUUGAAGAACUAAGCAUACCAUUUAAUCUUGAUUUCAUGGUUUCGGCAGGUCAUUCGGAUCUUGUUCUUGAACAAUUGACAAAAUCAUCGGAAAAUCUAAAAUUAUUAGAUAUUCGUGGUUCACCGAAUAUAACACCACGUGGCCUUGUGAAAAUACCAGCAUGGUCAUUAAAACAUUUAUCAAUUUCAAAUUGUCCAAAAAUGCAAGAUGAAACUCUUGGUAUGGUCUUUCAAAAGUGGAAUAAAUCAUUGGUUGAUGUUGAUCUCUCAUGGAAUAAAUCCGAAACCUGUAUCGAUGAAUGUGUCCGUUCGAUUUGUGAUCUAUCAUCAGAUGAUGUUAAAUUAUGUACAAUCGAUUUACGUGGAUCAGCAAUAUCAUUAGAAUCAUUAAGACGUUUAAUUUUACAUUGUGGUGAACGUUUAAAAUCGAUUGAUCUACAAUCAUGUCGUAGUUUACCACGUGGAAUGAAACGUUUAUUUCAAGGUGAAGAAUUUCAACGUUUACGACAAUUAAUGUUGGAUGGACGUUGUGAUGAUUAAAAUGAUAUUUUAUUGUAUCGAUUGAUACACCAACUAACUAUCGAAUGAAGAAAAAAAAUAUCACCUUAUAUAUCGUCGUUGCCUUUUAAUCGUCUUCAAGAUUCAUUUCCUUAAUAUAUUUUCAUUUUCAUUUUUUUUCCGGUGAAAAAAAAUCUCAUCUUUGGUUUUCUACGUUUCUCUUCGAAUCAUUUUUUUUCUUUGGUCAUCACAAACUUUGAUUAUUCGAUUGAAACGUAACAAUCUUUCAAUGGUU